AAUCGCCGCCCGCCCGCCCCCUCAGGCGGGGCGGCCAACGGCUCUGCCCCGGCGGCGGCAGCGCGCUGCGCACGGCCCGCCCCGCCGCCGGAAGGCCGCAUCCUUCAUACGGACCAAUGGGGAGCGAGGGCGGCGGGCCCAGAGCGGGGACGGCGCAGGGGGCGGAGGGAGCACCCGCACCCCGCCCCGCACCUGGCGCGGCCCGUGCCCCCCCCGGCGCUGCACGGUGCGGCAGGAACCGAGCGGCAGACGGUCCCGCACCCGCCGCGGCAACACACUCCUCUACAGCACGACGUCAUGGCCCACAGAGAACGGAACAGCUCAACCACACAGCCACACUAUCGCUUGUAGGAAACUAGUGCUAUUUUGAUCAACGCAUUAAUAAAAGCUCUACCCAGAACUGGAGAAGCAAUGGCAUGUAUAUUCUGUGUAAACUGGAUAUGGAGACUACGAAGAAGUGCAAACCAUCACACUGGAUGAAAAGCCAAAUGAAUAGUUCAUUUUCAGAUGAUUUAGGUUCUAUCACAGACGCAACUGAAGAGGAACAAGAUGACUUACCUUAUGAUGGAGUUGUAGGAGUAAACUGUAAAUACAAUAAUUCAGAUAAUUUCAAUGACUGUACUUGUACAAGAGAGAUUUCUGGUAUUUUAAACUUAGCCUGUUCUGAAGAUAACAAAACCAUAAAAGCAGCAGCAAAUUACAAAACUCAUACACAACCUGAAGAAUUCUCCAGUCACUGCAGAGGUGCCGUAGGAACAAUGGGAAUUUCAGCUGAAAUGCCUGGAAGUGAAGCUCCCUUUAAAAAGGAAUUACCUUUUAGUAGUUUCAGUAAACCAGAUAGCAAAGAACACCUAACUCACUCAAAAAUGUCCAAUGUCCUCUUGCGUCAUUUUUCUAAGGGAGAGUUAACAAGCACAUACCAGUUAAUUGAAUGUGAGACAAUACCAGAGACAUCCCUUACAGAAAGUAUCAAUGACACUGGAAGCAAACCUGAGCCUUCAGAACACGUCAAAGGCCCUUUAGCACAUGAACAAUGGGCAACUAACUCUGCAGAUUAUCACUUAGAAAAGCAUGAGGAAGUAAACAGUGGUGAUAAAAAUGAAAACGAGCUCAAUGAGAAUAGACCUGUUUCAAAGAAAUCUAUUUCUUCUACUGGUAAGUGUGGGUGCAGACAAGAAAAUUCACAAUUAAUGAAUGAGAACAAAACCACACACAUCUUUCAAAGCAUGAAAGAAGAGAGCACCCUGUUUAAGAGAACAGUUUCACCUCAUGAGUUCAAAUAUGAACAAGGUCAAGCUCACUACUGCCUUCCUGACUUCUCCCAAGUUGCUUCAGAAGUUAAAGUACCAACAAGAAGUGACAAUAUUAACUCAGUUCCAACAACUGAAAGAGCAAAAUCCUUCCCUAUUUCACUACGUAAAUCAGUAACUGUGAACGUUCUGGAAAAUAGGAACUAUUUCAAUUCUGCUCAAGUAGAAAAUCAAGAAGAAUCAGGCAUUCCAGAACUGCUGCAACAGCUAGAGGUGCUGACACAGCAUGCUGACACCCAAAAUCAUAGCGACUAUCUGAGAUUGAAUCCUAAGGUACUUACUCAGUCAGGUUGUCCAAAUGCCAGCAUUGCUGUUUACUCAGGAGACGCUGGGCUGUCCUCUGAAGUCUUCACGUUACAUGCUCCCAUCCCUAUACAAUCUACACAUGGUUUGUCUCAAGCAAGAUUACAAUAUGGAAAGAUAGCAUCAGCAUUACCAGCAGCUGGUACAGUAGAAGCACACUGUCUAAAUCGUUCUAACUUACUGCCAGAACUAACACUAGGAGAAAAGAUGACUAAAAUACUAAAGGAUCAGACAGAUCAACUGAUAAAGAAAGUGGAAGACUUCUCUAAGCAUAUGACCCAAGAGACAUUGCUUUUACAAGACAACGGUCUGGCAUUAAAUCAAUUGAAAAGAUACCUUGAUGCCUUGGAAAGGAAUUACUUAACAGCUAGAGAAGAGUACCAUAAUUUCCAGCUGCAGAACUACAAGGACAAGUCUAUCAACGUUGGAGAGUUUGACCCUGAAAGAAAGUUGGAAGGGGAAAUAUUUAGACUUGGCAUGCUGCUUGAAGACAUCCAAGAACAAACUGAUGACAGCAAAUGCAACUUGUCUUCUUUGCUUACUUCAUAUGAAUCUGCCCAUUCAUCAUAUUCCCUUUGUGAGAGCUCAGUAGUUUCAAGCAUUGCUGAUCCUCCAGAAAGAAGAGGCAUUGAAAAUUUACUUCUUUCCAACAACGAGGGAGAAAAAAGUCAGACAACUGAUGUAAUCCCACAGACAAAUCAAUUUUCUUCAGAAAGCGACAAGUGUAAUCUUUGCCUUCACACGUUACAAAAGAGAGGUGAAUCAACUUCCAGAAGAGAAAGAGAGCCUCUGAGAACAGGUCUGCUAGCAAACAAGCAUUCUUCCAACAUAACGAGAUGCCUUUCACCUGAGCAAAAAUACCCUGCUGAAGGUCUUGCAUCCCACAGUCAGGAUACAUCAAGUCAAAAAUCUAAUGCUGAUGAAGAUUCAAGUAUGAAUGGAAACACAAACAUACAGGAAAAGAAAACUGGAAUGUGUUCACUCUUCACGCAGAGAAAACCAGCUUAUUUAUCAGACAGCAACCUGAGCAGCGAUUCAGAAGACACCUCAGCCUACGAUUCUUACAAUCAUUCACCAAGCAAGGAACUUGUGAAUUGUGAGACUGGAAGUUACAAAACAUUCAAUAAAAGAUCACGUGGAGAGAGAAGAGGGCUCAGAUGCAGAUGCCCUACAGGAAGCAAAGAUCAGUUUCAACUCAGGAAUUACAAAGAGUCUGAGUCUUGUGCCCGAUGUAGAAAUAGAAGUUCUGGUUCAUCUUCUUUUUCACAGAAGAGACUUUCCUCUCAAAAGGCUCAAAAAAAUAAACAGCCACAUGAACUUGUAAAGAGACUUUCUGCAAGGCAAAACUUGGAGGCUGCCAAAACCUGCUAUUCAAGCACAUAUGAUAAAAAUACCCUUUCACAUCAGUGCUUACCCAGCAAGAAGUCUGGCCAAAGCAAAUCUGCAAUCAACAUCAGAUACAGAAACACCAAUGAGUCCAAUGCAAAUCAGAUUUUAAGCUCUACUCUGGAUCAUGCCAUACUGACAGCAAACAUUUUGAAGAAAGCUACGGAACGAAUGGUACAAGCAGUUUCAGAAGAUCUAGCUAAAGUUAAAAGAAAGCACCUUUAAUUACCCACUUUCAAAUGCUUUAUUGUUUUGCUGGUUGACACUGAAGCAUCAGUAUCUCUACAAAUAUGCAAUGAUAAAUACAAAGAUCAGAAAGUCAGCUAGCCGACUUGGUUAGCUGUUCUGUAGCUAUCAGUGCUAAACCAAACCAGAGCAUAUUGGUAUUACACAUGUUCACACUCAGUCUCAGAACUGGAAAACAAAUUCCUAAUCCUACUGAGAGUCUUCAGUAUGUUGGCUAACCCCCAUUACCAUGCACAGCUACUUACUUUGAGUUUUCAUUUAAGACAGCUUAAUAAAAAUUGGCUUAAACAAGC